AUGGGGAAGCACUUCCACCUUUACGAGAAUGUCUCGAACAUCAGUCCCUUCGAAGGCCCUCAGUAUCACCUGGCCCCCCUCUGGGCCUUCCACCUGCAGACCGUCUUCAUGGGCCUGGUCUUCCUUGCCGGGACGCCUCUCAACUUACUCGUGCUCUUCGUCACGCUGAAGCACAAGAAGCUGAGGGUUCCUCUGAACUACAUCCUGGUGAACGUGUCGGCCGCGGGCUUCAUCUUCGUCACCUUCUCCGUCAGCCAGGUGUUCAUCUCCAGCACCAGAGGCUAUUUCUUCCUGGGACACACCAUGUGCAGCCUGGAGUCCGCCAUGGGCUCCAUCGCAGGGCUGGUGACGGCCUGGUCUCUGGCAGUCUUGUCUCUGGAGAGGUAUUUUGUGAUCUGUAAGCCUCUGGGGGCCUUCACGUUCACAAACAACCAUGCUGUGGCUGCGGUCGCCUUCACCUGGUUCAUGGGGAUCGGCUGUGCCAUCCCACCUUUCUUCGGCUGGAGCAGGUACAUCCCUGAAGGCCUGGGCUGCGCCUGUGGACCGGACUGGUACACUCACAAUGAGGAGUUUCACUGCAGCAGCUACACCGCCUUCCUGAUGGUGACCUGCUUCAUCAGCCCGCUCAGCAUCAUCAUCUUCUGCUACGCCCAGCUGCUGAUGACCCUCAGAGCCGUGGCGGCGCAGCAGGCCGAGUCUGUCUCCACCCAGAAGGCGGAGAAGGAGGUCUCCAGGAUGAUCGUGGUGAUGGUGGGAUCCUUCCUCGUCUGUUACGGUCCCUACGCCCUCGCUGCCCUGUACUUCGCCUACUCCACGGAACAGAACAAAGACUACAGACUGGUGGCCAUCCCUGCCCUGUUCUCCAAGAGCUCCUGUGUCUACAACCCUCUGAUCUACGCCUUCAUGAACAAACAGUUUAAAGGCUGCAUCAUGGAGACAGUGUUUGGGAAGAACACAGAGGACUCCUCUCAAGUAUCUACCUCAAAGACUGAGGUGUCUUCAGUGUCUUAA